AUGCACGAGUUACAACAUUAUUUUAAGAUCUUUAUUUUUAACAUGGUUAAUACAUAUUUUUUUCUUAAUUUUUCUAUGAUAACAGAAAAAUAAACUCCCCUACAUAAUUGAUCUUGGACUAUUCCGAUUCUCCCAAAAUCCGUAGGUGCUGUAACAUGAUACAUACUGCCAAAACUUCUAGGCAUUUCCGCAGUGUUUAUUUGCACGUAAGCUUAAACAUACGUGGACAAUUUGUAUUUUAUUCGUUACAUUCAUGCUAAUGUCACAACUCAUAAAUUCUUUUGUAAACGGAUUUUAGCUGCAGUUGAAGGGUUCGGAUAAGUUUUGUCUUUUAUACAACAUUUGCAAAAUCUGGAGAUAGAGCUCUAAUAUUUUAGUAAAGAAUCAGCAGGAGGCACGAAAGACAAGUUAUGAUUUGGAUGUUAAUUAUUGCCAGCGUGGCAGCCUUGGGGUCGGGGGAGCUAUUCUCUAGUUUGGCACACCUACAGACAGCAUUGUACACAGAAAGAGACAUAUCCAAGGAAAUAAGACAUUACAUUUAUGAGGAACAGGAAAGAUUGGAGAAACUUACACAAUUGGCAGAUGAGUUUGAGAAGCACAGUGAGAAAGCUCUUGAAGAUCCAGACCUGUACCUGGGUAAUCCUGUCAAUGCCUAUUUGUUUGUAAAACAUUUUACCAUUGACUGGGACAAUGAAAUUGAUAUUGUCAUUAAGAAUAAUAGCAGAACUGAGCUGUACAAUAAGAUUGAAGAGAUGAGGGAGAACUUGCCAAACUAUGAAGAUCUGACAGGGUCAGUGAGUGCUUUAUUACGUCUGCAGGACACAUACAAGUUGGAGACAAAUGAACUUGCAAGGGGAAAUGUUGGUGGAGUUGCUUCUCCUGAACUUACAGCAUGGGACUGCUAUGAGUUAGGUCGCUUGGCAUACAACACAGAAGACUAUUAUCAUACAAUCAUGUGGAUGGAAGAAGCUCUUGCUAAAAUCCGUCAGUUUCACGAUGAGGGAGUUGACGAAAAUAUUGUCGCUAUUUUGGAUUAUUUGGCUUUUGCACAAUACAAGCAAGGAAAUGUAAGAAGAGCUUUGACACUCACCAAUGAAAUGCUUGCACUGUCUCCUGAUCACACAAGGGCACAAGGUAAUAAAGAUUAUUAUGAGAGAAUGUUACGAGAAGAAGACGAGACAGCUAAACGUGGGGAUGAUGGUGAAGUUACAAAUAAAAGACAGUUAGAUGAGUACAGGAGUGGUGAAGAAUAUAUGGCAUAUGAGGCUUUAUGUAGAAAUGAAACUGUUAAAGAAAAUAAAUACAAACAUAAACUAUUUUGUCGAUAUAGAACAAAUAACCAUCCAUUGCUGAUUAUUUCCCCUGCCAAGGAGGAAGUGUUGUAUUUGAAUCCAUUUUUAUCAGUAUUCCACAACAGUAUUAGUGAUAGAGAGAUUAAACUGAUACAAACUCUGGCCACUCCAAAGCUGGGCAGAGCCACUGUUCAUAACCCUAUAACAGGUAAAAUAGAGACAGCUCAGUACAGAGUUAGUAAAUGUUGUUGGUUAUCGGAUUAUGACUCGCCAGAAAUAGCUCGUGUAAAUGCACGUAUAGCAGCUACCACAGGACUUAACAUGGAAACAGCGGAAGAAUUACAAAUUGCCAACUAUGGCAUCGGUGGUCAAUAUGAGCCUCAUUUUGACUUUGCUAGGAAAGAAGAAAAAGCAUUUGAAGGUCUAGGAACUGGUAACAGAAUAGCUACACUCAUGUUCUAUAUGUCAGAUGUGCAGGCAGGUGGUGCAACAGUUUUUCCAUAUCUUGGUUUGAAAAUAUUCCCAGAAAAGGGCAAGUCUGUAUUUUGGUAUAAUUUAUAUAAGAAUGGAGAAGGAAUCUUUGAUACUCGUCAUGCAGCGUGCCCUGUGCUGGUUGGCUCUAAAUGGGUGUCCAAUAAAUGGAUACAUGAGAGAGGUCAAGAAUUUAAACGGCCAUGUGGUCUGAGAGAAUCUGAAUGAUAACAUUUAUAUUUAUAUAUAUAAAGGAUAAUUUCAAAAUGUUUAAAUGACAUUGUUACAAAUGUUUCUUGCUAAAGUAUGUACUCCAAGUCCAAGGUUAUAAAAACUCUUGUAGACAAGUCUUCUGAUACCUGAUUGGCUGAUAACAAAUAUUUAAUUAUCCAAUGGCUGGGCAGUAUUGCGAGACUGGUCUCCAUGCAUAUGUUAUAACUUUUGAGCUGUGUUAAUGGGACCAAAUAGUUGAUAUAAUUUUUCAUUUAAGGUUAUUUAAAGGCUUUGUCAAAUGAUUUAGGUGUAUUAUGUAAUUUAUAAAGUGAUUUAUGUUCUAAGUGAAAGUUGAUAACAAAUUUGUCUUAAAGUAUGCGUAGUAAACAUAUGAUUGAAAUAAUAUAAAAAGCCAAAAAAGAUGUCAGAAUUUUACUUUAUAAAUCUUUAUUAUGUCCCUGGGCAUAAAGUAAUUGAACUGUCCGUCAGCACUUCCAUGAAGAUCAAUAAUAUCAAAAGAAAUGGCCCCUUAUCCCAAUUUCAAUACUUGUCUGUCAGUUCCUAAAUCAGAAAGUUGGAUAUUUCUAAGUUCCACCUGUAACAGUGACUUAAAAAUGAACAUAUUUGUCUAAUCAUUACAAGACACAUAAUCUUGGCAAGGUACAUAACUAUAGUGCCACUAUUUCCAAGUUAUUUCCCUUUGUAGUACUUUGAAACCUAAACCAGCAAGUUAGAUAUAUCCUUAGUUCCAGGGUACUAAUAGCUUCAUAAUUUUAACACUUGCUUAUCAAUACAAAGUAUAUAACUGUGCCAAGUUAUUUCCCUUUAUGACUUUGCAAAAAGGACCUGGUUAAAAUGGUUAACCUUUUCUGGCAAGUUGGAUUUAUCUUAAAUUUCUCCUAAUAACUUCAUUUUCGUAAAGUUAUCUUCCAUAUUUGGUAGAUGGAUACCUUUAAUUUUCCUCACUGGGGUCAAGGUCACAGUUGUAAAUUUUUUUCUACACUUUUGCUCAUUCAGCCUUUUAUAAACUGAUGUAUUUCAUGUUUAAUAGGGUGGAGUUAGGGGUCAUCAGUGCCAAAAAUAGAUUUUUACACUUAACAAGCUUUAUUAGAUGUCUUUGAUAUUUGGUAGGAACAUAACUUGUGUAACUUCUAUCUUUGAGUAAAAAGAUAGGUUUUUAAGCUUUUGCAUAUGCAGCUUUUAUUUAUUGACUGAUGUUUUCAUAUUUGAAAAGAAUAUUCUUUACAUGGUUCAUAGUUGGAAGUCAUAAUGUGAAGGUCACCUGUGCUAACAAUAGAUUUUAACACUUUCUUUUACAGUCCUUAUUUCUUCAUAUUUGGAAGGAUUAUACCUUUUGUGAUGGUCAAGGUCUUACAUUUAUAUAUGAUUACUUUAAUAUGGCAAAUUGAAUAUAAUUAAACUUCAUCAUAGUAAUGACAUUCCAGCAUACAUUUUUUACAAUAACAAAAGCCCAAAAGUGUCUCUCUUAAUUUUACAAUUUUUUUGACAACUUUGUGUCUUUUUUCUGUUAUUGGGUUAAUAUUUUUUGGAAAAUUUAUUAGUGACAAGAAUCUGGGCUGGGGGCAUUUGUGUUUACCAAACAUGUUUUUGUUUGAUAUCUUUUUUGGUUUAUGUAAACAUUUUGACUUACAAAAUAAUCAAGAUUUUCUUAUAGAACAUGAGUAGCUUAUAUCAUGGCCAGGAACAUUACAUUGUGAAGGUAAUAGCUUAAUAUGUGAUGCAUACGGUCAUGAAUAAGAAAAGGUUGAUUUAAUAUUUGAAUUCUAACAGACUCAAAAGAUAUUGAAUUGGAGAAGAAAAUCAAAAUUUUACUGUUAUUUAAAACCUUGCAUGUUUUGGUGGAAUUUUUUUGUUGAUUUUUUUUUCAUUUCUCAUUUGAAUUAGUUUUGUGAAUUGCUUUUAUAUGUCUACAUUAUUUCUGCUAACAGCUGAGCUUAUCUUGAUCUGUAUUUUAUUGUGAACUUGUAUUUAGAAAGUUUUGUUCAGCCAUAUGGAAGGGUGUGGUUGUUAUAUAUAAACUCUGCUCAAUAUUUUUACAGCUAAAUGUGCUUGUAUCAAGAUAAUCUUUUCUUCACUAUCAAAUUGCAACAUUGGGGUUUUCUUUGCAGCUUGAUUAAAAAAUUUUUAAGAGUAGCUUAUCCAUUACACAAGGUUAUAGGUGUAAAUAUAUUUUUGUUUUCUUGCCGUCCAAAAAUGCUUCUUCCCAUUUUGCUUUAUUUAGAACUGAUGUUAAAUGGCCAGUAUUUGUUUGCUUCUUGUAUUUGUGUUUUAAAAUAUUUCACCCAUUAAUAGCAUUUGUGAUGUUAAGAUUUUUAAAAGUACAUGUAGAUUUAUACCAUACUUACAUGGUUUUCUAGGGGAAUGACAGUAUUUUUUUAAUCCAGAUUUAUUCUCAUCUAUGGGCCUUUAAGUCCAAAUGGUUAAGGUAGCUGACUUGGAAAACCUUGCACCAUGCUUAUAUGGGUUCAAGUCAUACCAACAGCUUUGCAUGUUGUCAUCUGCAGAAGAUAUUUAGCAAACUUGUUAAAGGUAAAUUAUAUUAUUAAUAUGCUUACUUGUGUCUACAAUAUUGCACAGAGAGGCUAGAAAGACCUCAGAUUACGUAUUUAUAUUGUCAGUGUGACAGCAUUCCCAUUCUAUAAAUGGGUGAAUAAACUAACUGUAUGUAAUCUUUUAAAUACUAGUAUACCAAAAUUUUCAUGUAUGUGGCAUUGCUUAAAAUUAUAUUAUUUGUAACAUCAGUUGUAUGAUGUAAAUCACAACUUUUAUUUAUUGUUUUAAGAAUGUAUUGUUUUAUUGAGCAAGUAGAGUUGUUUUAUUGAGGAUUUAGUAUUGUUAAGGAUAAUGGAUUGUUGAAAUCAUGCUUCUGAAAUCCUGAAUGUCAUAAUAUAUUGUUUGCUUGUUUUACAAGUGUUCUACAAAAUAAACAAGGUGACUUGGUGUAAAUUUACAUAUUCCUUUGUUAAUGUUAUCCAUGCUGAAUACAAAAGUAUUAAAGAUCUCAUAUUUGACUAGGGUGCCUUUAAAUCCAUAAAAAGGUUGUUUUAAAUAAAUUUGUUGCAAAUUUUGUUGUUAUGUUUACUAAAUAUAACUUCCAGAGUUAAAUAUGACAAAAUGACACAUGCCCAGACCAUUUAGAAACUUUAAACUUUAUUAGACAUUCAAAUUCAAUGUAACAUACCGGUAGUUUGGAGUUUUGUUUUUGCUUUUUGUCAUUUUGAGAGUGAUUUUGUCAAAUAUGGUAUUUGUGUUUUUAAAUUAAUAAUCUGCAUAGUGCUAGGUAAUCUGAGAAGUAAAAUAAUCUCCAAACAUCUCAAUGUACAUUAUUAGAUUUGUAUAACCACUGUUAAUUAUAUCUUUAUGUAAGGAUGAUUUUUUUAUGUUAGAACAUUUUUUAUAUCAUUGGUCAAGUGUUUUUUAUUGCAAUAGCCAAACUUUAUUUUUUUAUUUGAAUUUGACACGGAUAAUUUUCAGAAUAAGUUCUGUUUCUAGUGAUAUUGUAUUUAAAUAUGACCUUGUUCUGUUUGACUGAUUUGUUGUUAGUGCAUGCUACAUUUCAUUUGAAACAGUGUUUUAUAAACUGUAGGACGGUAUUUGAUCAUUACACCUUUGUGCCAUCUGUUGUGCAAUAAAACAUCUCAAAGAGAUUUUAAUAUAGUAGUACUUAUAUAAGAAAUGUUAAUUAAACAUGUUAAUGUAGAUAUUUAAUUUUACAUCCUAUACACUAGUGUAAAUGACAGCAAAUUUGAUUUGCCAUGGCCGUUUAGAAAUACAAUCUCAUUAAAUCUCAUUAAAAUGAUAUCAAAACUGUCACUCCACUACCCUUAGCCAGGUAGCAAGGAGAAACAGAGCAAAACGAUGAUCUUAUUUUAAUGAGAUUGUUCAAUUUGACAAAAUACUGUACAUGCUUUUUAUCAUUUUUUUUUUACUUUUAUCAUUUUAAAUAUAUCAAACAUGCUGUAUGGUAGUUAUUGAGGGGAAUUUAUUGUUGUACAUGAAUACUGAUAUACAAUUUGCAAUACUUAAAACGAGACAAUAUAUUUUAAAAUAAAAUAGUCUAUGCAAAUUUUGAAGUGUUUAAAAUUCAGGAGUCUUAAUUAAAGAAAUUGUUGCAUGUCAAUAAUGGCUAAAUUGUAAAUAUGAUAGUAAUCAUCAAAUUUAUGUUAAUCUCUACACUGAAACUUAAAGGCCCAUAUUAAUUUGUCUCCUAACAUUAAUUUUGUAUUACAGUGUAUUAAGAAUAAAUAAACUGAAAUUUAGUAUCCUUUUGUAUGUAUGGUCAAGUGUACUUGUAUUGUAUUUUAAGUUGUCCUGGUUUGUACUUGCACUUGUAUGUUAAGUUGUCCUCGUCUCUGUGUAACAUAAAUACAUGUUUAAUUUUCAUUUUAUAAUAUACUCAAUGCUUGAAAAUAUACAAGUAAAUAUAGAUUGUAAUAUAUAAAAAUAUGUUUUUUAAAUACCAAAUAUUUUUUAAAAAAUGAGUCAAUUGGCAAACUUUUACUUGAAAUAAAAUAUUCACAACUGAACAUUUGCUUCAAUUAUUUUCUUCACUAUUUUUCAUGUAUUAAACUGCAUAAAAGUAACAAUUCUUACAUAAGACUACUUAAUUAUUGUUUAUCUUUGAAAAACAAAUUGAUAAUUUAUGCAAUUGAACUUCAAGAAUGUUGUCUGUUUAAUAAAAAAGUCUUUCCUGUGUUUAUCUUGACACAAGUCUAAUGAAAUGUGAUGAUUUGAUAUUUUUAGCUCACCUGUCACAAAGUGACAGAGUGAGCUUUUGUGAUCGCUUUUCGUCCGUCCGUAAACUUUUACUUUAAAUGACAUCUCCUCAUAAACCGCUGAGCCAAUUUCAUCCAAACUUCACAGGAAUGUUCCUUUGGUGGUCACCUUUAAAAAUUGUUCAAAGAAUUUAAUUCCAUGCAGAACUCUGUUUGCCAUGGCAACCGAAAGAAAAAACUUUAAAUAUCUUCUUUAAAAAAACCCUAAGAGAUAGAGCUUAGAUAUUUGGCAUGAAACAUCGUCUAAUGAGUGUCUACCAAGUUUGUUCAAAUAAAAGCCCUGGGGUCAAAAUUGGCCCUGUCCCAGGGGACUUUGAUUUUCCCUAUAUGCAUAUAGUAAAAUCUUAAAAAAUCUUCUUUUAAAGAACUGAAAGAGCUUGAGCUAAGAUCUUUAGCAUGAAACAUGUUCUAAUGGGUGUCUACCAAGUUUGUUCAAAUAAAAGCCCUGGGGUCAAAAUUGGCCCCGCCCCGGGGGUCAUUGAUUUUCCUUAUAUGUGUAUAGCAAAAACUUAAAAAAACUUCUUUGAAAAAACCCAAAUAGCUAGAGUUUAGAUAUUAAGCAUGAAACAUCUUCUAGUGAGUGUCUACCAAGUUUGUUCAAAUAAAAGCCCUGGGGUCAAAAUUGGCCCGUCCCAGGGGGUCAUUGAUUUUCCCUAUAUGCAUAUAGUAAAAACUUAAAAAAUCUUCUUUUAAAGAACUCAAAAAGCUAGAGCUAAGAUAUUUAGCAUGAAACAUGUUCUAAUUGGUGUCUACCAAAUUUGUUCAAAUAAAAGCCCUGGGGUCAAAUUUGGCCCAGCCCCGGGGGUCAUUGAUUUUCCUUAUAUGAUAUAGCAAAAACUUAAAAAAUCUUCUUUGAAAAAACCCAAAUAUCUGGAGUUUAGAUUUUUAAAGCAUGAAACAUCUUCUAGUGAGUGUCUACAAAGUUUGUUCAAAUAAAAGCCCUGGAGUUAAAAUUGGCCCCGCCCAGGGUGUUAUUGAUUUUCCUUAUAUUUGUAUAGCAAAAACUUAAAAAUCUUUUUGAAAAAACCCAAACAGCUAGAGUUAAGAUAUUAAGCAUGAAACAUCUUCUAGUAAUUGUCUACAAAAUUUGUUCAAAUAAAAGCCCUGGGGUCAAAAUUGGCCCCGCCCCAGGGGUGUCAUUGGUUUUAACUACAUGUGUAUAGUAAAAACUUAAAAAAUCUUCUUUAAUAAAAAACCCAAUGAGCUAGAGCUUUGAUGUUUAGCAUGAAACAUCUUCUUAUGGGUGUCUACCAAGUUUGUUCAAAUAAAAGCCCUUGGGUUAAAAUUGGCCCUGCCGAAGGGGGGGGGAGGGGGGUAGAUCGUUGUUUUUCAUUAUAUGUGUGUAGUAAAAACUUAACAUUGUGAAACAUCUUCUAAUGGGUGUCUUCCAAGUUUGUUCAAAUAAAAGGCCUGGGGUUUAACUGGCCCCGCUCCGGGUGCCUUUAUACAGGUGAGCGACCUCAGGGCCAUCAUGGCCCUCUUGUUUAAUGUUCAUCUAAAUUUUUAUCAAACAUUUUAUGAUAGAGUUAUACAGAGAUGUUUUGUUCUAUGUGCAUGAUGAAUCUCUGAAAUGUUUUGUGAAAUUAAUAUCAUUACAGAAUAAAUGAAUUUGCAUUAAUUACAAAA